AUGGUUGUAAUAAUAAAUUUUAAACCGCGUGGAUCAGGUGCCGUCGUGGAGGUCACAUGCAAAGUAGGAGACAAAGAAAUAGUGGCAUAUGGCAAAACAAAGAGCAAUGGGAAAUACAGCAUUCCAGUAAAAGGAUUAGAGUAUGGUAAAUAUAGAGCAAAGGCAUGCAAAGCCAAACUUCAUGCACCACCAAAGGGGUCAAAAUGCAAUAUCCCAACAAAUCUUCAUUGGGGAAAGAAAGGAGCCGAUCUCAAAGUGAAGUCAAAAACUAAAUAUGGAGUUGUGCUUUAUGCCAAACCAUUUGCUUAUGCACCCAAAACUCCUUAUGGAGAGUGUAGCAAGCCCAAGCCAAGCCCUACUCAUUACUACUACAAAUCUCCACCACCUCCCACUCCGACUUAUGUCUACAAGUCACCCCCACCUUCUGCACCAACUUACGUCUACAAAUCACCCCCACCCCCAACACCGACAUAUGUCUACAAGUCACCCCCGCCCCCAACACCUACUUACGUUUACAAGUCACCUCCACCCCCUACCCCGACUAAUGUCUAUAAAUCUCCACCUCCCCCAAUACCAACUUACGUGUACAAGUCACCCCCACCACCAACACCGACAUAUGUUUACAAGUCGCCUCCACCUCCGACCCCGACUUACGUUUACAAGUCGCCUCCACCCCCUACACCAAAUUACAUCUAUAAAUCUCCACCUCCUCCUCCUUACGUUUACAAAUCUCCACCACCACCACCACCACCACCACCGACCUACAUCUACAAAUCACCACCACCUCCACCUUACGUGUACAAGUCUCCACCACCACCUCCACCAACCCCAACUUACAUAUAUAAAUCUCCACCUCCUCCUCCUUACGUCUACAAGUCCCCACCGCCACCACCAUCUUACGUUUACAAAUCACCACCGCCACCACCAACCUACAUUUACAAAUCACCACCGCCACCUCCUUAUGUUUACAAGUCCCCACCGCCACCACCAACCUACGUUUAUAAAUCACCACCACCACCUCCCUAUGUUUACAAGUCUCCACCCCCUCCACCACCCACCUAUGUCUAUCAGUCUCCACCACCACCACCUUAUGUUUACAAGUCCCCACCACCGCCAUCACCGUCGCCUCCACCACCCUAUUUGUACAAGUCUCCACCACCACCAUCACCAUCUCCUCCUCCACCAUACUACUACAACUCCCCACCACCACCUUCCCCAUCUCCACCUCUUCCAUACAUCUACAACUCUCCACCACCGCCAUCAACUUCACCUCCACCACCCUACUACUACAACUCGCCCCCACCACCGUCACCUUCUCCUCCACCGCCCUACCAUUACAGCUCUCCACCCCCACCAUCACCAUCACCACCACCACCCUACCACUACACCUCCCCGCCACCACCUUCACCCUCACCUCCACCCCCUUACGUUUACAACUCUCCACCUCCCCCUUCACCAUCACCGCCACCACCAUACGUCUACUCAUCACCUCCCCCACCUGUAAAAUCACCUCCACCACUGGUAUACAUCUACGCCUCCCCACCACCUCCAACCCAUUAUUAAGCUCCAAGAAGUUGGAAAACUGUAAGUUAUUAUCUAAAUAAAUUGUUUUAUUACUAACCAUCAACAUACAUUUUAUUAGUCCAUAGUCUGAUUUUCAUUGUUCAUUUUGCAGCAGUUAGUCUAGAAUUCCAAAUAAAAGAAGGCUUCCACAACCAACUUCAUAGAGCAACUACUUUAUUCAAUAAGGUUCUACAAGCAUUAGAAAACAUCAGAGUUUGCGUGUUGGACCAAUUUUCUACUUCUAUUGUUGUUAGCUUCCAGAUUCUCAUUGCUAUAUCUUCAAGUGGAAGUGAUUCAAACAUAGAGUAUUUCUUUGCACAAAGAAGAUGGUCAGUGAAAAUUAAUUGCAUGUAGGGG